UAAAUCAUAACUUGUACCUAUUUAUCUGCUAAGUACUUACUAACUAUACUUAACUAUCCCUUUUUCCCUACCGCACCGUAAGUAAGUUCAGUGAUGGUUCAGUGACACAGCCACAGGUUUUUUACUUUUUUUAUAGUUCUCUACAAUGAAGCUGGACCGGCUGCGUCUGCUCCUCAAAUCUUCGAAGCGAGACUUCACCCUCAGCAACUUCACGGUGGUGAUAGACGCGCAGUCGUUCUUCCAGGGGGCCUACCACCGCAGCGGAUGCUCCUACCUCCUCGGCGGGGAGUACGACCGGUUCCACGACCACCUGAAGAAACAACUCGACUGCUUCCUACAAGCCAACGUCACAUGCUAUGUCAUCUUCAGUGGCUCCAACAAAAACGAUACUGCUAAAAGACUGGAGCUGCAUCAAAAAGUUAUCGACCAAAGACACGCACUUUCACCAGGUAACGAGAAUAAUGUGUACGCUGAGCCAGCCUUUGCUAAGGACUUGUUUAAGCAGGUCCUCGAAGAGAUAGGGAUAUCCUACAUGGUGUGCGAGUAUGAGAGUUUCGAAGAGUUGAUAAAUACAGCCAAGUAUUUUCAGUGUCCGUUGAUAACGAGGAAUGUGGAAUACUCGCUGUUUGGUGUGCCGUGCAUCCCGCCGAAUUCGUUGCUGUAUGAACCUGAGAACAAGUGCUUUUCCGCCAAAAUUUAUAAUCCAGAAGACACCAGGACACGGAUCAAUUAUCCGCCUGAUAAACUGUCUGUGUUUCUUGUACUCUUAGAUGAGAACAAUGUUUUUCUGAAACGCUUGCAGAGCCUCAUCCGUUAUCCUGACCACAAGGAGUUAAACGGGACCCUGCGGUGGCUGAGGAGCCAUACCCUGAGUGUCAUACUGAGCGAUAUCUCCAAGAAUAUGGAGAAACAUUUGUUUGACGAUUUCAACAGACAGUACCACCGCGUCAGGGAUGUGAAGCACACGUGCAAUACAAAGUCAAGGGGUGUACUUUUUUUCAAAGGCCUUCCUCUUCAAGAGAAAGGACCCAAUGCUUGGUUCUCUGAAGGGGUGGCAUGCGGAUGGAUAGCACCCUCGUACGUAGUGUUAUUACACAACAGAUUCAGCGGCUCGUGGCUUGUCUUCGAUGAAGACAAAGAAGAUGCUAUGCUACCUUCAUUGGAAAUAAUUUGUUUCGCGUCUCAGUUGAUGUCUGAUUUCGCGAAGGCACCGAUAACCCUGAUCUGUAGAAGUGGCAUCUGCAGCUCUGUUGUUACCAUUGACCCGACCUCGUUUCAAUCACAUAAUAUAUCUUACUCCUCUGAAUGGAAGAAGCACGCACGUUACUGGGAACACAUUCCGGACUACUUCACCCAAUUUGUGAAGAGCUCUUUACCCGGAUUGAACUGGCUUCUGGUGGCAGCUGCGCCUGAAGACUGUAGGCUGUUGAUGCUGAGUCUGGUGUACUACACGUCCAGAGUGAACCGGCAGUUUGUAGCGGGGGCCUAUAGCGUGCUGCUGUCAUAUGUAAUGCUAGGGCCUGUCACCCAAGUCACUGGUUUGGUAAAGAGGGGCAAUUUCCUCAUAUCCCACAACAAUGGCGGAACAAUGGCAGACCGUUCGGACGCGAAUGGCAUUAAAGAUAAAGACUGUUAUACCGCAGCGAAAAUUUUGAUGGAAUAUUUCUAUGUUGAUGACGGAACGCUGAAAUCAACAUUUGAUCGGAAAGUGUUGCAUGUGUUUGGAGAAUUCCAGCAUUGCUUGCAGCAAAUGAACUAUCUGAACAGGUUCUGUGGUGAACACUUUGAAGGCACUGUGUACUAUCGGACGUACAACGCGGUAUUCAUUUAUAACAUGUAUUUGACAAUACAUAAGGAGGAGUUUCCGUUGAGGAGCAUUGAUAAAUUAUUGGCUCAAAGUCCGUCCGUGUUAAAGUUUUUCAAGAAAAUUGUUAACAUAUUUGAUGAAAUUAUGGAGCAACUUUAAAAUUUAAAACACUAUUUAAAGUACUAAGCUAAUAUACUUACUGCCGCUUUGAGUAAAUGUUACCCAUCUCACCAUCUGUAACAAUUUUUUUAUAAUUAAUAAUGUAUAUUUAGUUAUCUAGGUAACAAUUUCGUUAGGUAAUUAUAUAAGUAGGUAUCUAGGCAGGUACCUAGGUUUUAGUUUAAAUAUUUCGUUUGGUAUAAAUACCUAUACAUAUAUAUCUUAUCUUCAUUAACAUUUUUGUCUUACAAAUAUAUAGGUAAUUAAGUAUACUUACAAAAUGUUUGGUAGAUUGACCCUAUUUUCAUAGAAUUUGUAUUGACUAAAAACUAAAUUACUUAUAUAAGUAUCUAGGAAAAAGCUGACGAAGUCAUAAUAACUAAGAAAGUUAGUAACUUCAUUAUUUUCCUAAACUACUUAACUUUGAUUAUUUUUCAUGUUUUAAGUAUAUUUAAGGUCGUAAGUUUAAGUAAGUACCUAAGUACAUACUUUAUGUACUUAGAAUAAAAUUAAUACAUCCUACAAAUGUUUGUCUUUAAAAUUUA